AUGCCUUUUUCUGGUUUUCCUCCAGGUUGCAUGGGCUUGGGUAUUACUUUCCCACCUAUCAAGGCCGAUGCUACAUGUCUUGAGAUUAACAAUUCUUACGGUCACUCUCUCAAUAUUAGUCUGUCUCUUUUUUUUAUUUUAUCUAUCUCCCUCUUCUUGCUCUCUCACUUAUUUUCCUACUUUUAUUUCUACCUCUUUUCUCCUGUCUUUAUUUAUUCUAUCUUCAUCUAUCUUUCCUUUCUCUCUUAUGUAUCCAUCUAUCUUUCUUUUAUCUUUCCUCUUCUCUCUACAUUCUAUUACUUCCUUUUUGAUUUCUCAUGGGACAAUUUCUCUCCCUCACAUUCAUUGCCCUUUCUUUUCUUUUCCCGUUUCUCUCACCUAUUAUUCCUUCUCUUUGAUUCUGUCUACUAUUUCACUUUUCUUUCGUUGUUUCCUUAUUUUCUUCUAUUUUUUCUUCCUCUUUCUAUUCUCCUUUUUUCUCCGCUUCACUUUAUUUCAUUUUCUUUUAUUCACUUUACAUCUCUUUUGACAUUUCUCUUUUUCUUUUUUCUUCGUUAUUUUUCUUUCUUUUUUCUUCGUUAUUCUUUAUAUUUUUUCUUUCUCCCUUUUAUUUACUUUUUAUUAUCGUUUUAA